AUGGACAACCAGUCAGGCAUUCUCCACGUGUGGUUCCUGGUAGUUGAUGGUCUAGCCGGAUCAGUGGCUUCCUGUCCGAAGAUCUACCAGUCUGACACACUGGAAAUGCUUUUCUCCAUCCUUAAAUCUACUGCCAAUAUUCCUGGUCCGACUUUUGCCCUGUACUGUGUGAACCGCCUGUUGCUGCCGAUGCUGCAGGCCUGGUUAAGAUCAGGGGUGAGGAAGUAUGGGUACUGGGACACUGGCGCCACCAACUUCAAGCAAUGCUGCGGACUCUGUACUGACCUCAUCGUCGACUUCACACAGCAGUUUGCAGAUUGUAAAGGAAAGACUGGAAAUCUAGUGGAGGUGAUGCUGAAACAGCUUCUGGACAUCAUGAUAGAGUGUAUAGCCCAGCCUGUGGAGGUUAUAUCUCGCCUUGGCUGUUCCUGUAUCAGGUUUAGCUGUUUUAAAACUGAUAAUUCUGCAAAAAUGAAGAAGGCCGGCAUAUUUGUGGGCAGGGCCUUAUUUACAAAUGAAUACAGUAUAAAUAUAUGA